CUUGUACAUGGCGUUUAAUUUCUGCCAUCAAAUUGGUUUACACUAGCUCGUGAACGAUAUUGGAUAUUGGACGUAGAAUUUUUGAAACGUACGUAACACUUUGUCGUAAGCUGCAUUACCUAGUUGACAUAAUUCGUUAACUUAAACUGUGCAAAGUUCUGUAAACAUUUCUUGGUUUAUUUCCUUGAUUCUGGUACUGCCUUCAAGUUACCAUUGGAAAGAAUACUCAUCUUUAUAUCUCUCUCCUAAUGUAAACGUAUGUACCUUGAGGACAGUUUGUGGAAACACUUAGUAAAUUCCUUUCAUAUUCAACGCAUCAUGUAGUUACUUAAUACUUUAGUUAACCCAGACUACCGUCCAUAAACUUAUAUGGAUUCACUGUCGCGUUUGAGAUUAGAGACAGCCUUUGUAGCCGUAGUUACAGAUAGAGGAUUUAUGUCUACACCCCAUUCAGAUAUGAAGUAAGCGUGUUUCCCAUAUUGCCGUCGUAACAACAACUGCUGCUUCCAUUGCUCAUACUGUUGCCAUUAUUAACAGUAAUAAUACCACAUCUAUUACUGUGAGGCGACGGAAUAGAAAUUUCAAGUAUUUCCUCUGUAUGGGUUCGAAAUCAAAAAACAAGGGAUGCAGUAAAAAGAACAGAAAGAAUGAUUCACAUUCAGAAAGUCAACAACUAGAUCGUAUAGCUAAAGUUUGCUGCAAAGGCAAUAAUGAAGGUGAUUAUUAUUUGAAAAAUGACCCAUCAGCGCCUGAAUUCCGUGAACAAUUGAAUAAGCUUGGUUUAGAUUUUCGUGAAGUGCCAUCAGAUGGGAAUUGUUUAUUUUCAUCAUUAUCUGAUCAAUUGUAUGGGACAAUAGCCAAUCAUAAACAGGUUCGUGAGCAAGCUGUCCUCUACAUUGAAACACAUAAAGAAGAAUUUGAACCAUUCUUUGAUGUAAAAGAUAGACUUAAUAACCUUCGAUCACUUGGAACCUAUGGUGGGCAUGAGUGCAUCAUUGCUAUAUCACGUUAUUUUUCUGUUUACAUUAUUAUACAUCAGUUGAAACAAAAGCCUUGGCUAGCCGGUAUUCCAGCCAUUGAUAUACCAAAUGUGGGCGUUCCAACCUAUCCUCAACUCCAUCUAGCUUAUCAUAAUGGAGAACAUUAUUCAAGUGUACGUGUUUUUGGAGAUACUUCUACCAACCCAACAAGAAUAAAAAUUUGUCUUUCAGUUGAAAAUUCUUCUUCUACAUGUAAUAAGAAGUGUGUAGAUUAUUCUUCUGAUGAUGCGUGCAGUGACGACAAGGCAUCUGUCAAUUCAUCCAGAAAUCAUGUAACACAAUCUGAUAAAUUCAACAACUGUAACACAGAUUUUUUUCAAACUUUCCCGUUUAACAGAAAGUUAAGUAAGAAAGAUAAACGUCAACGUAAAAGAAGAUCUCUUGAAAUGGCUAAUUCUGAUUUUGUUGUAAAAUCAAUUUCUGCGCUACAUAUAUAA